AUGCGGGAUCUCUCGAGAACUAUGGUGACCAGCCUGCGAAGUCACAUCCGCAAGCAUUCUUCGUCAACCCAGAGUAGUCUAUCCGAGAAAAGAACAUCUUUCGGCUCGUCCGACUAUCGGUCGACAACUCUCGAGCCCAACCACAUCGUCGUUGAGGAUAGACAGAUGGACGAUGAACGAUGGAGCCGACUGGCGUUUGCCCUUGGGAUGCCAUACGGCGAGACACAACGUCCCAGUCCAGAAGCCGCGAGAUUCGCCCAACAAGUCAAGAGACGCAGAUUUGUGAGCGGCGUUGAGAUGGCAGACCUCCUCCUACCGCUGCUGGUCUCGGUGGCCAAGAAUCACCGCAUCAUGAAGUGCCGUACAAAUACACUCUUCCAUCGAGACGGCGUACCGGAUGAAGUGCCCGACUUUGAGGUUCAGGAUGGAUGGAAGAUGCAGCUGCCCACGCCGAGGCCGAUCAUCACUCUGGGCUAUUCCAGCAGCGCAUUCUCGUCGCAUCAGCUGGAAUUACAACACGGCAUUAUAUCGAACAGCCGGCACGAACCCUGCAAUCUCGCCAAGCUCUCCCAGCCUGUGCCAGAUGUCUACUGGCCAUUUUUCGUUGUCGAAGCACAGGACGAAUCGAUGCUCGCUGCUCGAAAUGCGUCGGCCGGGUCAGCGGCGACAUGCAACAACGCCCUGAUGAUCUUUGCCGGAGCUGCGGAGGAGCCGCAAAGGUACUACGGUGAUAUGAACUUCCUCUGGCGCUUGAGCAAAGCCGCACAAUCCUUCUCCCUGUCCAUCAACGGCAAAACAGCUUGUCUCAACACACACAACUCGGAAGGCUGCUUGCCUCAUGCUGUGGCAACUAUCAGGACCUAUCAGCUCGACAAUGAGAAAGAUGUCGAAUCAAUGGCAGCUCGGAUCAGCAGUAUCUUGGUGUGGGCCGAGAACUGCAGACUGCAAUCCAUCAGUGAUCUAUUGAGCGCCUUUGACAAACGUGUGAAGCUCUGCAGGGACAAUAAGGCCCAGAAGAGGUCGCCAUAUGACCCACCUGAGCUUGUCACCUUCAACACCGCCCCCAGGAGUCGAACAAGCAUCAUUAAGAGCGUCAUAGCGGAAAGCCUUCCCCGAUGGAGCCGGACAAGCUAG